AUGAAUCUCAGAGGUCCAGGUCCAUCACAGCGAUUUGUCCGGUCUCGCCAAACUCGUUUGCCUCCUGGAGCAACUGGACCAACGAGGUCAGCCAAGAAAGAUGGCACUUAUGUUGACAAGCGAGCAGAAGCUAAAGUUGCAACUAACACCAAAGGACAAGUCUCUGGUCUUGGAUCAAUUCAGUAUCUUAAUGUUGAUCCCAACGAAUCAGAUGCAGCUUCUCUACGUAUGAACCUCGAUGUACAUAUGUGUAUGACUGGAAUGAAAAGCAUCAUAGGCAACGUGAAGGAAGAUGUGACACUGAUGAAGGAGGAUGUGAAAGGUCUGAAAAGAGCCAUGGAAGCACUUUUGCGGGAUCAAUGA